AUGCCAAGAUACAUCGCAGCCUUCUCAGACAGCUCAAGCAGCCGGCUGUACCGGCGCGCCGUCCUCCGGAGAGAGGCAGACCCCUCACCCUCGCACUUGGAGAUGCUGAGCAGUUUUUCAUUUCUGGAAAAGAAAAGGUCCAAGACCGUCAAGCAGCCGCGCCCGUCCCCGAGUCCUGAUGUGGUGAGCGCCCGCCGCCCACCCAGCCGGCACCCGGACCCGGCCGACGGACCCACCCGGCACCCAAAAGCACCCACAGGGACCCGGCCCCAGAUCAAGAUGGCCCGGGCCGGCGCCCUCCUGCUGGCCUCCCUGCUCCUGGCCGCAGCCCUUGCAGACACCUGGGGGACCCUGGCCAAGGAGAAGCGAGGCUGGACCCUGAACAGCGCCGGCUACCUUCUGGGUCCCCACGCCAUGGACACCCACAGAGCCCUGCGGCACAGGGCGGGCCUGCCGGGCAGGCGGGAGCUGCAGCCCGCGGACGACUCGGACGCAGACUCGGACGCAGACGGGCCAGGGGGCUUGGCCAGGACGCCGCCCGAGGGCCCGGCCGUGCGCACCAUCGGGGACUUCCUCAGCUUCCUGCGCCUCAGAGAGACCGGGGUCCUGGAGGGCACGCCGGAAGACACGGAGCUGUCCCGAGGAAGCUCUUGGGCACACGGGUGACCCGGCCCGGCUCUGGGGACGGAGAGCGUGUGCCCACCUGCCCACCCCCGAGGCCUCCGCCCCGUGUCCCCGCAGCACAAUAAAGAGCAGCAGUGGCU